UAUUUUAUAGUAGAAACGUUACACAGUGUUGCUCUAACAGUUACCAGGACUGAUGACAUUGGGAAAGAAACACCUUUCUGUAGCAAAAAAUGCAUGUGGCCGUGCCUUAAAGCAACAUUGAGUAUAAAUUGGUAUUUUUGUAAUUUAGAGUGCAAUUGCAGAGUGUAAUUUCAAUUCCAACAGCCAAACAACAAGCAAGGUCAACAACACAAGACAUAGCAGCCAGCUAAUAUUACUUACUAGCCGGACAGCUCUGUGUCUCUCUUUCAGCCUUUUAUUUCACCAAGCUCUCACCAAUGACCAAAAGACUUUUGUCCUGUCCUGGCUUUGUUUGAAUCUGGGUGUCCUGCUUGGCUCUAUUGAUCCCUCUUGGUCUUAUCUAGCCCUGUUUAGUUAAGUUUAGUUCUGCCUAAAUCACCUUAUCCCUCUUUAAGACUGCCUUGGUCUGUGUAGCCCUGUUGGUCCCACUGGUUUUGGUUAGCCUCUAUGGACUGGCUGGCUUGUUUAAUACCUUUCGGCCCUGUCUGGCUCAGUUUAACCCAGUUUGGCCCUGCCUGGUUUUGUGGUCUUCAUUCUUUUGAGCCACACAAACUAAAAAUGUGCAGAAUGAGUAGGAGGAGGAGGAAUCCCUUACAUUCCUAUUGGCUGAGAAGUUUUUCAGACUCACUCUGAUUGGCUGGCAGAGAGUGAGUAGGGAAUCCCUCAGGGCUCUCUCUGUCUUUGUCUCAGAUUAAAAACACAAACAGUCCAGUCAGGCCUCACUGCUCCAGGUAGUCCUUUGCAGUCUGCUGAAGACCAGGACUGAAUUCACAGCCUGGUCUGCUGUUCUGCAGCAGAAAGCAACAGUACAGCUGCUGUUUGUAAGACCAUAAAUCUCACUCAUGACUGCUACAUGGUCUGCAGCUGUAACAUAGGAGGUACCUGUAAUAUUUAGCAACGCAGGGUGAACUCAGUGUGCAACAGAGUCAUAAAACAGAGGCGAAUGAGGGAGCUGCUAUUUUACUGUAAGGCAGAAAGUGUUGGAAAACUUAUCAGUUUCCCUUCAGGGGCGUGUUGGAGCAAAAUCAGGAGGUGAAGACCUGGUGAGUUCAUGUUGCAGAGGGUGGAGAAGGAGAGCUGGCAACAGGACAAAUCAGAAGGGAAGAGUGGAAGGAAAACAGAAAAGAAGCCACAGCUGAGGAGGAGAAAAGUUAGAUUUGUUGUUGGUGAGUUUAUUUGAGGGAAAGAAAGUUUGAAAGUGGAGUAAAGAACCAAGUAGAAACUAAAGAACUUUAUAUGAUGUUUGUCACCACGAAUGGGAUGAAAGUCUAGACAGUUAAAUUGCAGUGGUCUGUGGAGAGCUGGCGGAGCAGAGCGGCGGCAGGAGCGACUGUGGGCGGGGAGAGAGGAAGUGUGGUCGACAGGAGAGGAAUUUAAAGUCCCAUUGUUCUGGAGGAGCAGAGGCAGAGAGAGCUGAGGAACAGAGGAGUCAAACCACUGGCACACACUUGACAACAUGGAUGUGAGCUCAGCCAUGGAGAAGAUGUCUAUAAAACAGAGUGCAGGAGGAGCAGCGGUGUGUCUCGUAUGUGAUGGCAGCUGCUCUGGAUUUCAGCCACAUUCUUGGAGGAAAGCCUGCAUUGCCUGCGGCUGCAGCACAAUCGACCAUGCUCCUGGAAGUGAUGUCGAAGAUGACCAGCGAAUGGGACGCCUGCUCACAGAUUCACCCUGCGCCCAUUUGACAACAAAGAUUAAAGGAGGUGGCGGCCUUCGCUUGUACAAGAGGAACCGCAUGAUUGUGACCAAUCCGGUGGUGUCGCGUAAAGACCCGACCUUCAACACCACAACGUACGAUUGGGCACCAGCCGGCCUCAACCAGACACUGGCCAUGCAGUACAUGGAGCUCAUCCCAGAGAGUCAACGUCCUGUCUCGGGGACAGAGGGAGCAUCGGAGCGACGCAGGCAGCUCUUCAGUCAGCUUCCUGUCUACGAUCAGGACCCCAUGAAGUGUCAGAGCCUGACCAGUGAGGAGGAGAUUACCUCCAUGCUGCUGUUUGUGAAGCAGUACAAACAGGAAGUGCUGGGAGUCGGAGAGGUGGCCUUACCUGGAGAGGGCAGAGGUCUGAGGGAAGCAGCCAUUCAGAGGACAGCAAAGGAGGCCAAGGACCGCAGCAACAGCAACAGCAACAAGAAGGAUGCUGUGGAGCACCAGGGCCACGGCUCAACCAAUAGCAGCUCAGCUACUGGAUCCACUAAUGGAACGGAUGAAACCACUAAGAUUGAAUAUAGGUGUGCUGGUUGUCAAGGCGAGGUUGCUAAGGAGACCCCAGCUGUUUAUGCUGAACGUGCAGGUUACCAUAGCGCCCUGUGGCAUCCCACCUGCUUUGUAUGCUCAGAGUGCGGCCACGGAUUGGCAGACCUGGUCUACUUCUGGUCCAAUCAGAAGUUGUUCUGCGGAAGACACUACUGUCAGAUGGUCUGGCCACGAUGCUCUGGCUGUGAUGAGUUGAUCUUCUGCCAGUCUUUCUACACGGCAGAAGAUGGACGGACGUGGCAUCAAAAUCAUUACUGCUGCUGGAAGUGUGGGCAAAACCUGGAUACACCCUGUCAGCACUGAGACACACAACAUAGACUUAAACACAACAUGGUUUUAAGAGUCAGUGAAACAAGAUAAGGACAAAAAAUAUUAAUAUGUCAUAACGAAAAAACAAAAGAAUUAAGUACCUGAUAAAUAAUACCAAAUAAGUAGAGCUUAAAUUAUGUUUAGUUGACUUGUAGUAUUUAAAGUACUCAACACCAGUUGAUAUAUCGAUGUUUAAAAUAUUUAAGCCAUCUAGCUGACACUGAAGUACUCAGAGAUUUGUUCAGUUGAGCCUACUGGUAUUUCAAGUACUUAAGAAAAUGUUUAGUAGACACAAAAGUGUUUAAAGUACUUCAACAAACAUUUGGCUGAUUUAUUAGCACUUAGUACUGACAGUGACUGUAGCCAGAUGUGCUGGUUUCAGGCAGCAAACAGCAGAUUACAGGAUGAAGGCCCAGACCUGACAGUCCAGGAAACAAAUGAAAUGAGAAAUAAAUGAUUAACAAACAGAUUUUUUUUAAAAGAUGUGUGACUCAAAGUCCUCUGUGAACCACACAAGCAGGUUCCAGAGCUUUCAACCAGCCUUCUUCAGCAGCUGUCAUUGAACUGCACAUUUUUCAAAGUUUUCUGAGCACUUUUAUUUGUUACUUUCUGUCCUGUGUUGGCUCAAAAGUUGAACCUGAAGGUUCAUUCUUGAUCUUUAAAAAGAGCAGCUUGAAAAACUUGUAAUUGUAACCUUUAAAGUUUUAUUUUCUUAAAUGAUGUGCAAGUGCAAAGGGAAUAUUUUCAAUAGAAAUUGACUUAUCCUAAAAGAUUUAACUAAACAUUGAAUUGUAAUUAAUGCAUAACAUGUCAGGUUCAAAUAGAUUUCACUUUAUGUCAGGUAGAAAUAAUUGACCUAAACCAUAAAGAACUGGACAGGUAGAAGGCUGGAAAAUGCAUGUAACUAAUUAGUAAUUAAUAGUAGACGUCUUUUUCUUUGGUAGAUUUUACAGUAGGUUUUAUGCCUUUUUAUUACCUGCCAUUGAAGAUGGGAUGUGUGUUUGUUGUACAAAUAGAAAGUAUGAAUUUUACAUUUUCUUCAUUUUCCUUUCUGCUUGAUGUGUUUUGGCAGUCAACACUAAACAUGGAUCUCUGGUGCUGCCAAACGCUGCUUUAUUCCUGUUAAAAUUCUCUAUUUUACUAACAUUUAACAGCUUAAUAGCUGCAAAGUUUUGUUUAAAAUCCCUAAAACAAGAUAGCCAGAAGCUAAUUAGUGUUCCUUUUUAUUCCAUAAAAUAAACUUCAUGAAACAGCUAUCAUAACGUCUAUCUUAUGAAUCGAUUGCUGUUAGCAAAUCGCUCAUUCUUAAUCAACAAAGACAAUAUUUUACCCAAAACUUUCUUUGAUGUGAUUGGCUGAAUAUCUAACAUAUAGACAACAGUACUAUUCAAUACGAUGUUAUCUGUGACAGACAAGAUAAUAGCAGCAUAGUGCAUUGCGCAGUAGUUUAAUCUAGCUGUGUGUCUAAUAUGAUGUGUUUAACCUAGUUUAGCAUGAAAACCGGAAGUGGGGGGAAAGCCGCUAAUCUAGUAGCCUAGCUCAGUUAGUUAUGAAGUAAUAAACCUUUGAAAUGAACCAAGUGAGAUGACAUAGGAUAAAAGAUUUCUAUCAAAUCUGCUCUGGACCUUCUUGAGCAGCUGGUGUGAAAAACUGUAACAGUUCAUGUUUUUAAUAAAGAAGUUUGAUGCUGUUUACAGUUAAAUACUGUAAAUAAACAGUCACGGACACUUGUCUAAGACACAUAUGUUGUUGCUUUUAAGGUAACCAGGACUUGGUCAGAGCUUGCAUUGAUUUAAGUCAUAUUUGAGUGUUUGUAUCAGCAGUGGUGGUAUUUUUUAUAAAGAUGAACUAGGCUAUGGCUGCAUGUCUUGGCAUUUGUUUUUUGCAUCAUCACAAGUCAAAGAAAGUGAAAACAUUUUUUCAACUGAUCGUGUUUGAAUUAAAGUUACUUCUGAUUGAA